CCUCUCUCCUCUCCCCCUCCUCCUCCCAUCAAGGCCGACCAUGAUCGCAUCUGCCUCCCGGGCGCGAGCCUCCAGAGCUCUGGCAUUCGGCCGCCGAGUGCCAUUGCAGAGUCAAUCAUCCUCGUUCGUAUACUACAUAGCGCCUCUUGGUAGUCUGAAGGCUGACGGAUGGAGCCAACGAAUAUCUAGGCGUCUUCUGUCCUCCACCACACAUCGAUAUGCCGACGAGACUCUGAACAAGGUCUCCUGCAGGAUUACACAACCCAAGUCUCAGGGUGCCUCUCAAGCGAUGCUAUACGCGACGGGAUUGACGGAGAAGGAUAUGUCCAAGCCACAAGUGGGAAUCUCAUCGGUGUGGUUUGAAGGAAAUCCCUGCAAUAUGCACCUGAUGGACCUUUCGUCAGUGGUUCGCGACUCGGUAGCCAAGGCAGGCCUGGUUCCCAUGCGUUUCAACUCCAUUGGUGCAUCGGAUGGCAUUAGUAUGGGCACAACUGGCAUGCGUUUCAGUUUGCAGAGUCGAGAAAUCAUCGCUGACGGUAUUGAGACGGUCAUGAAUGCCCAGUGGUACGAUGCCAAUAUCUCGCUGCCCGGCUGUGACAAGAACAUGCCAGGAGUUCUGAUGGCCAUGGGUCGUGUUAACCGCCCGAGUAUCAUGGUGUACGGUGGCAGUAUCAAGCCCGGCUGCAGCGCAGGAGGCCAGCCACUUGAUCUGGUCAGCGCCUUUCAAUCGUACGGGCAGUACCUCACCGGCGAAAUCGAUGAGAAACAGCGAUUCGACAUCAUCCGCAAUGCAUGCCCUGGUGCUGGUGCCUGUGGCGGUAUGUACACGGCAAACACGCUGGCUACAGCGAUCGAGACGCUUGGUAUGACAGUACCUGGAAGCAGCAGUACACCGGCGGAGGACCCGAUUAAAAAAGCCGAGUGUGAAGGAAUUGGCCAGACGGUGAAGAACUUGCUCAAAGAAGAUAUCCGGCCCAAGGAUAUAAUGACUCGGCAAGCAUUUGAGAAUGCUAUGAUCGUCGUGAAUAUCCUGGGAGGCAGCACGAACGCGGUGUUGCAUCUGAUAGCCAUCGCCGAUUCUGUUGGCAUCAAGCUGACUAUUGAUGACUUCCAGGCUGUGUCGGACAAGACCCCAUUCCUGGCCGACUUGAAGCCAUCCGGCAAAUAUGUCAUGCAUGAUAUGUACAAGAUCGGCGGCACACCAGCACUCCUGAAGUUCUUGCUCAAGGAAGGUCUUAUUGACGGCUCCGGCAUAACUGUGACUGGCAAGACAAUGAAAGAGAAUAUAGCCUCGUGGUCUGAUUUCUCCGCCGACCAGCCUAUUAUCCGGCCUCUCAACAAUCCUAUCAAGCCAACCGGUCACUUGCAAAUCCUUCGCGGCUCAUUGGCCCCCGGCGGCUCAGUCGGCAAGAUCACCGGCAAAGAAGGUUUACGAUUCGAAGGCACCACCAAGUGCUACGAUUAUGAGGAUGGUUUUAUUGAGGCUCUCGAACGCGGUGAGAUCAAGAAGGGCGAGAAGACAGUCGUCAUCAUCCGGUAUGAGGGCCCCAAGGGUGGUCCUGGCAUGCCUGAGAUGCUCAAACCCAGCUCGGCCAUCAUGGGUGCUGGGUUAGGCCAGGAUGUUGCCCUGCUCACUGAUGGGAGAUUUUCUGGGGGCAGUCACGGGUUUUUGAUCGGUCAUAUUGUGCCCGAGGCUAUGGAGGGAGGCCCCAUUGCGCUAGCGAAGGAUGGUGAUCGUAUUGUGAUUGAUGCCGAACAAAGAGUGGUCGAUCUGCAGAUCUCGCCGGAAGAGAUGGAGCAGAGGAGGAAAGUCUGGAAGGCGCCGGCGCCUCGGGCGAAGAAGGGCACUUUGAGCAAGUACGCCAAGUUGGUGAGCGAUGCCAGCCAUGGGUGCGUGACGGAUGGACCAAUGUAGUUGAA